CUAUAAACACUGUUAAAAAUGGCGGCGCCCGUAGCGGCGAACACACAUGAGUGUGAAUGCAGUAUGGCAUCGUUAAAAGCUGUAUCAUCUGCUGCUCAUCUUGCUCUUCGAAUCGUGGCGGAGUGUCCCGUAAGUAAGGCGAGAGCUUGCACUCUCACUCUCCCCCACAGCACGGUCAGUACCCCGGUGUUCAUGCCGGUGGGCACCCAAGGCACCAUGAAGGGAAUCACUGCAGACCAGCUGGAGGAUCUGGACUGUCACAUAUGUCUGGGAAACACGUAUCACCUGGGUAUGAGGCCGGGUCCUGAGUUAAUAGAGAAAGCCAAAGGAUUGCAUGGAUUUAUGAAUUGGAAAAGAAAUCUUUUAACGGACAGCGGAGGUUUUCAAAUGGUGUCUCUUGUCGAACUUUCCGAAGUAACAGAGGAGGGGGUCACGUUCCGUUCCCCGUAUGACGGCAAAGAAAUCCUGCUCACCCCUGAGCAAUCCAUAGCCAUACAGAACAGCUUGGGUUCGGAUAUCAUGAUGCAACUGGAUGAUGUGGUCAGCAGUACGGUGAAAGGGCCGCGGGUGGAAGAGGCAAUGCACCGCUCUGUGCGCUGGCUGGACCGCUGCAUCGCGGCAAACAAGAAUCCAGACAGACAGAACCUGUUCGCUAUUAUACAAGGGGGACUUGAUGCCAAACUGCGCAAGGCGUGUUUAGAUGAAAUGACAAAGCGCGAUGUACCGGGCUUCGCCAUCGGUGGUUUGAGUGGGGGAGAGGAAAAGGAUGAUUUCUGGAAGAUGGUGACUCUAAGCACAGACCACCUGCCUAGAGAAAAGCCCCGUUACCUUAUGGGAGUUGGCUAUGCACUCGACCUGGUGGUCUGUGUUGCCUUGGGCUGUGAUAUGUUUGACUGUGUUUUCCCGACUCGUACAGCAAGAUUUGGCUCCGCUUUGGUUCCCUGGGGAUCUCUGCAGCUCAAACAGAAGCAAUAUGCUAAAGACUUCCAGCCAAUUGACCCUGACUGCCAGUGUCCCACCUGCAGGAGACACAGUCGGGCUUACCUCCACGCCCUGUUCAAGAGUGACACUGCAGCCAUGCAUCACAUAACCAUCCAUAACAUCUCCUACCAGCUCACCCUCAUGCGAUCGGUACGUCAGAGCAUCAUAGAGAAGAGGUUUCCAGAGUUUGUGAAAGCAUUCAUGAAGAGGAUGUUCUCGUCCAGUGAGCAGUACCCCAGCUGGGCUGUAGAGGCGCUACAAUCAGUAAACAUCACUGUUAACUGUGUGGCCUAGAAAGGCUAGACUUUUAGUUUUUUAUGCAUUUUGUUUUAACAUACUAUAGCCUUUUUAUACAUGUUAAACAUCUGCUCUGUAAUAAAAUCUUUUAUUCAAACUUUUAUCUACGUCCAACCAAAACAUUUAAAUGAAUGUGAUAAGCCAAUGUUUAAGUAACUUGUAUAGAAAAAGUGUAUAUUGUUUAUUUAUUGAUGAAAGAAAGCAGCGAUGAAAUCGUGGUAUCUGCAGCUGUAUGCUU